AUGUCUUGGAGUGUCCUUCCCGUCGAAGUGACACUAGAGAUUAUCGAAUAUCUCUGUCCGGAGAUUAAUGUAGGACAAAUCGGAAAAGCGGCUGCCUGGACAAAACUAUGGCAGACGAACAACACAGACAUGGAGGCGGAGCAAAAUUCUAACGAAGGAGGUGGCUCUGAAGGCGUAUUAUCUGGGUCAACACAAGCGUUGUCGACAAAUCCGUGGUCAGCGCUUCAGUCCCUUGCCUUAACGAACAAAUACUUUUACAAGCUAUGCAUUCCAUUCGCUCAUCGCGAUUUUGUGUUUACGUCAAAUGACUGGACCCCCAUCACCGAUGAGCUCGUCUCCAAGUGGGUAAAGCACGGUGGCAAUGUACGCAACGUACGUAUUCUUCUGGACCCGGGGUUCACUCUUCUCUUUCGCUACUGGGAGUUCCUCGCCACUACCCUGGCCACAUUCACCAAUGUGACCUCGUUGGCCCUCUACUAUCGCUCUUGUCACUCUCUGCCUCGGAAAGUCGCCGAGGAGUGCGUAAACAUUCUCAAAACCGGUAAAGUCCUCGAAUUCGGAAUCUACUCCACCGUGAUCCUCGAAUACAAGCUUGGAAACCUGACUUGGGAUCGACGCAUGGCUUGGAUGGCAUACGAUAUCAUCCAACAAUUCUCGAACAAUGCCGCUGCCGCCAACAAGCUACGCGUCCUCGACCUCGUAUUGGAGACGCUCCCCACGGAGAUUUACAACCUCGUGCGCACCCAGUUUCCCAAUCUGCGCGCCCUGACCAUUCGUCGAGCGCUCCGGUAUCAAACGCUAGGAAGGAUAUGGGACGCCAAUCAGCUUCCCUACUGGAAACACCGUGACAAUUUGACAUGUCUGCGUCUCAUCGACUGCAGUAAUGCCUAUGCGUUCCACAUCCCCCACCUCGUUCGCCAUUUUACGUCGCUCAGAGAGUUAAUGGUGUCAACAUGUGGUGCAUCAGACGAUGAUACAGUUGGAGUUCAACGGAGUGGCGGAUGGUCGACUGAGUCGGAUGCCCUCCGCAACACUCACGCGCCAUUGGAGGUCUUUCAUAUCGAGCAUAUGACAGACUGGGAAAUAUACGCGCUGGGUGUGAUCCCGACGAAAGAAUUAAGCACCAGUCUCAUCACGCGGGGACACUUGGAGGCAGCGUUUACUCGCGACCCAGAGAUUUUCCCUGGACUCGUGUUGCUCAGAGUAGAGGAGUAUGUCAACCUCGAGGAGACGACAUACAGGGAGCCGACAAUGGCAAACGCUCCCAGAACAAUCAAGACGCUCAAUGCUAUUUGCACUGGACGAGGGAUCAAGGUUGAGAAGGAUGCAAAAUGGAUAAGAAGAAAGUAUAUUGCGUAG